AUCUCCAGCGCCGCCUCGGUGGUGUGCUACUCGCCGAUGAUGGUCACGGCCUACGGCAUCUGGCAGGGGGUCAACCCGCUCGAGUUCUCGCUCCCGCUCUUCAUCCUCCAGACGGCCAUCAUCGUCGCCACCACCCGCCUCCUCGUGCUCCUCCUCAAGCCCAUCCGCCAGCCACGCGUCAUCGCUGAGAUCCUCGCCGGCGUGAUCCUGGGGCCGUCGGUGAUGGGGCAGGUGGACGUCUGGGCGAAAACGGUGUUCCCGCUGAGGAGCCUGCUGACGCUGGAGACGGUGGCGCACCUCGGCCUCCUCUACUUCCUCUUCCUCGUCGGGCUCGAGAUGGACGUGAACGUGAUCAAGCGGUCGGGGAAGAAGGCGCUCAUAAUCGCGGUGGCGGGGAUGGCGCUGCCGUUCUGCAUCGGCACGGCCACGUCCUUCAUCUUCCGGCACCAGGUGUCCAAGAACGUGCACCAGGCCUCCUUCCUGCUCUUCCUCGGCGUCGCGCUCUCCGUAACGGCGUUCCCGGUGCUGGCGCGCAUCCUCGCCGAGAUCAAGCUGCUCAACUCGGACCUCGGCCGCAUCGCCAUGUCCGCUGCCAUCGUCAACGACAUGUGCGCGUGGAUCCUGCUCGCGCUCGCCAUUGCCAUCUCCGAGGUGAACAGCUCCGCCUUCUCCUCCCUGUGGGUGCUCCUCGCCGGGGUGCUCUUCGUGCUCGCCUGCUUCUACGUCGUCCGCCCGCUCAUGUGGUGGAUCGUCCGCCGCGUCCCCGAGGGCGAGGCCGUCAGCGACGUGCACGUCACGCUCAUACUCACCGGCGUCAUGAUCGCCGGCGUCUGCACCGACGCCAUCGGCAUCCACUCCGUGUUCGGCGCCUUCGUCUACGGGCUCGUCAUACCCAGCGGCCAGCUCGGCGUCGUGCUCAUCGAGAAGCUCGAGGACUUCGUCACGGGGCUGCUGCUCCCGCUCUUCUUCGCCAUCAGUGGCCUCCGCACCAACGUCACCCGGGUGCGCGAUCCCGUCACCGUGGGGCUCCUCGUGCUCGUGUUCACCAUGGCCAGCUUCGCCAAGAUCAUGGGUACCAUCCUCAUCGCCGUCUCCUACACCAUGACCUUCCGCGACGGCGUCGCCCUCGGCUUCCUCAUGAACACCAGGGGCCUCGUCGAGAUGAUCGUCCUCAACAUCGGCAGGGACAAGGAGGUGCUGGACGACGAGUCGUUCGCGGUGAUGGUGCUGGUGUCGGUGGCCAUGACGGCGCUGGUGACGCCGGUGGUGACGACGGUGUACCGGCCGGCGCGGCGGCUGGUCGGGUACAAGCGGCGCAACCUGCAGCGCUCCAAGCACGACGCGGAGCUGCGCAUGCUGGCGUGCGUGCACACCACCCGCAACGUGCCCUCCAUCAUCUCGCUGCUGGAGCUCUCCAACCCCACGAAGCGCUCCCCCAUCUUCAUCUACGCGCUGCACCUCGUGGAGCUCACGGGGCGCGCCUCCAACAUGCUCGCCGCCCACCACUCGGCCUCCAACCAGAGCCGCAGCGCCGGGGCCAGCGACCACAUCUUCAACGCCUUCGAGAGCUACGAGGAGAGCGUGGGCGGCGUGUCCGUGCAGGCGCUCACGGCGGUGUCGCCGUACCAGACGAUGCACGAGGACGUGUCGGUGCUGGCUGAGGACAAGCACGUGUCCCUCAUCGUGCUCCCUUUCCACAAGCAGCAGACGGUCGACGGCGGCAUGGAGCCCAUCAACGCCUCCCUCCGGGGCUUCAACGAGAGCAUCCUCUCCUCGGCGCCGUGCUCCGUGGGCAUCCUCGUGGACGCGGCCUCAGCGCGCCGCGGCGCGCAUAGCGAGCGGCAGAUGGACGAGGAGUACCUGGGCGAGUUCCGGACGCGCAACGUCGGCAACGACGCCGUCCAGUACAUGGAGCAGGUGGUGGCCAACAGCGAGGAGACGCUGGCGGCCAUCCGGGACCUGGACAGCGCGCACGAGCUCUACAUCGUGGGGAGGCACCCGGGGGAGGCCGGGUCGCCGCUCACGUCGGCGCUGGCGGAGUGGAUGGACUCGCCGGAGCUCGGGCCCAUCGGCGACCUGCUCGUGUCGUCCGAGUUCUCCAAGAUGGUGUCGGUGCUGGUGAUGCAGCAGUACGUGAUCACCGCGCCGCAGCCGGCCGUGCCAGUGACGGACGACCCCGUCCGGCAGUACGUCACCAACGCCAACCAGCGGACGACGGUGGCCCGCGGCGGGUGGGGCGCCGCCGCCGACUUCUGACCUAGGGCCGCGGCAAGCACAUGCACGGUGGUCGAUUAUUCGUCGAUAGAGGAUUACGUUUUUUAGGCACUUGUUUUUAUUUUCUUGGCGACGCGCUUAUAUAGGGGCCUGGAUACUGAUGGUUGUGCUGUGUACAAUUCUAGCUGAUCGCUUCUGUCUGGAAUCUAAUUAGGAGGGAGGUGACGGGACAAUGCA